AUGGAGACCAUCAAGACACUUGAAACAAACAGUCAGCUAACCAUUAGACCAGCUGACAAAGGAGGAGGGAUUGUAAUCCUCAAUAGAGAUGAUUACACUAAGGAAAAUGAACGACUACUCAGUGACCGAUCAACGUACGAGAAACUCCUUAACAAUCCUGGUAUCACAUUCCAGAAGGAAUUAAAAAACCUGCUAGAGGAAGCCAAAAUAAAAGGAAUACUGAAUGAGAGAAUUCCAAUAUGUGAAUUUACAAACUGCAGUAAUCCUAGUCAUGGGGAAAAUACAGAUACAUGUUAUAAACGUCAAAAUCAAAGAAGCCACAUCGGAAAUUUAUGUUCUGAAUAUGGGAUAUGUUUUACCAAGAAAACAAAUCUUUUACAUCAGAAUCUUCAUACAGAAGAGAAAGCAUUCUCAUGUACUGAAUGUGGGAAAUGUUUUACUGCUCAAUCAACUCUUAAUAGGCAUAAAAAAAUUCAUACCGGAGAGAAAGCAUUUUUAUGUUCUGAAUGUGGGAAAUGUUUUGCUCGGAAAACACAUCUUAUCACGCAUCAGAAAAUUCAUACAGGAGAGAAAGCAUUUUCAUGUUCUGAAUGUGGGAAAUGUUUUAUUCAUAAAUCAGCUCUUAAUAGGCACCAGAAAAUUCAUACAGGAGAUAAAGAAUUUUUAUGUUCUGAAUGUGGGAUAUAUUUUAUUGAUAGAUCAACGCUUGAUAAGCACCAGAAACAUCAAACAGGAGAGAAAGCAUUUUCAUGUUCUGAAUGUGGAAAAUGUUUUAUUCAUAAAUCGGCUCUUAAUAAGCACCAGAAAAUUCAUACAGGAGAGAAAGCAAUUUCAUGUUCUGAAUGUGGGAAAUGUUUUUUUGGUAAAUCAGCUCUUAAUAGGCACCAGAAAAUUCAUACAGGAGAGAAAGCAUUUUCAUGUUCUGAAUGUGGGAAAUGUUUUGUUCAGAAAACAUAUUUUGUUAUGCACCAGAAAAUUCAUACAGGAGAGAAAGGAUUUUCAUGUUCUGAAUGUGGGAAAUGUUUUGCUCGGAAAUCAUAUUUAGUUAAGCACCAGAAAAUUCAUACAGGAGAGAAAGCAUUUUCAUGUUCUGAAUGUGGGAAAUGUUUUAUUGAUAAAUCAAAUCUUAAUAUGCACCAAAAAAUUCAUACAGGAGAGAAAGUAUUUUCAUGUUCUGAAUGUGGGAAAUGUUUUGUUUGGAAACGAAGUCUUGUUUUGCAUCAGAGAAUUCAUACUGGAGUAAAAGCAUUCUCAUGUACUGAAUGUGGGAAAUGUUUUACUGAUCAAUCAACUCUUAUUAGGCAUAAAAAAAUUCAUACCGGAGAGAAAGCAUUUUUAUGUUCUGAAUGUGGGAAAUGUUUUGCUCGGAAAACACAUCUUAUCACGCAUCAGAAAAUUCAUACAGGAGAGAAAGAAUUUUCAUGUUCUUAAUGUGAGAAAUGUUUUUAUUGAUAAAUCAACUCUUAUUAUGCAUCAGAAAAUUCA